GUUACUUAGGGCGCGUCCUCUCUCUUUACUUUCGAUUUUUACUUCCUCAUCCGAGGAGAAGUUUUGGAAGAUCUGUGAGGUCGUGGGCGCGAUAAAAAAAAACAAAAUACUAACACUAAAUAUAUGAAAAACUAAUCUAAAAUAGUACAGAGUAGCUACUUCGAGUAUGUUGAAGUGGAUGACACAUCUGUUCAGUCCGACCUGCUGAAAACUCGUCUCCAAAGAGCAAACAAAAUGGAUUUCCAGACGCUGCUAUUAACUGUAGGAAAAGCCCUGAGUAAGGAUGAAGUAAAGGCCUUAGCAUAUCUUUGCACUGACCUGCUUGGCCGAAACCCAACCUCAGUGGAGUCGACCAGUGACCUCUUCUCUCGUCUGUCGGAUCAAGACCACCUCUCUGCUGACCGACCACACCUGCUCACUGAGCUUCUGCGCAUCAUCCAACGCACCCGUCUGGUCAAUGAGCUCCAGCUUCCUGGCCAAGCAUCUAGCCUCAUUUCUCCUUACAGGAAGCUGCUCUACAACUUGUCUGAGGAGAUUACAACGGAUGACCUGAAAGAUGUGAAGUUCUUGUUGAACUCACAGCUUCCCCGCAGAAAACUGGAAGAAAAUGUUCCUACACUUGAUGUCUUCCUGGAGAUGGAGCACAUGGACCUCAUCAGUGACACUAAUCUAAAUUUACUGGAGACCAUUUUUGAGAAAGUCUGUCCUGUGUUGAAACAAAAGAUCAACCAGUUUAAAGCAUGGCAGGUACGUCACACUGGCCCUAUAGCUCAAGAAACAGGUCGACCACGGUCCGCGUCUUACACUUUUGAACUAAGCCAGUUCCGUAAAUCUUUAGAACCUGGGAGGUCUCUUUCAUGUGAAAAUCCAGUCUCCUCUGAAGAAUGGCGACCGUUGGCUGAGUCCUCCAUGAAUUCUUACACCUCUGUGGAUUUUACAAAUGUGUCACGUGGUGGAGAUGAAUGUGAGGCCCUGUCACGUGGUAGCAAUUUAAGCACUGAAACAAGCAUCUGUGCCUCCUCAAAAGUGAGUAGUGAUGCUGUGAAAGUCUCAAGGUCUCAAGAUAAUGAGACUUCCUCUGAAAAGCAGACGUCUCAGACUACAAACACAGACAGUGAGGUUUUGGGAGCAUAUCCCAUGACUGCAGCAAAGAGAGGUAUCUGCUUGAUAGUAAACAACCAAGACUUCUCUAAAUCCAAACAAGGUCUGCUGGAGCGAAUGGGGACUAAGAUUGAUGAAGAUUGCCUGCGCAAAGUGUUUCAGUGGCUUGGCUUUGAGGUAGUGAUAGAGCGGGACUGUGAGAGGGACAAGAUGCUGUCCGUGUUGCGGGAGCUCGGCAGGAGAGACCACAGUCAGAUGGACUGCCUGGUAUGCUGCGUUCUCAGCCACGGCCAGGAGGGAAGCGUGUAUGGCGUGGACGGCCUCACCAUCCAGAUUAAGGAGCUGAUGGAACCUGUCAAUGGAUUAAAUUGCUCCUCUUUAGCAGAAAAACCCAAGCUGUUUUUCAUCCAGGCCUGCCAGGGCUCCAACGAGCAGAAGGCUGUCUACAUCGAGACUGAUGGCUCCGCACGCAGUCUUGUUUACAGCGAUGCCAUUAAAGCUAAACACUCCAUCCCAUCUGAUGCAGACUUCUUGCUGGGAAUGGCCACCGUUCCUUCUUUUGUCUCAUUCAGAGAGAGGAAAAAUGGCACGUGGUUUAUUCAGUCAUUGUGCCAAAACCUUGUCCGGAUGGUGCCCAGUGGCUUUGACCUUGUGUCUAUCCUGACAAAAGUGAAUGCAGAUGUUAGCCAGAAGACGGAUUUUACCUGUUCAAAAAAGCAGAUGCCUCAACCAGCCUUCUCACUCAGGAAAAAAGUGGUCUUUCCGGUCCCCAAAGUCUCUGCUCCCUGCCUGUCACACUGUCAGCAGUAAUGCCUGUGCUGCCGGGUGAUCCCUGAGACACAAGUGGUUUUGUCUUACAUCGGCUGUUUACGAUGUCUGCCUGGGACAGUUUUUACAGUAUUUUCUUAACAACGAUUGAGCCAGCUCCAUUUGCUGAUGACGACCAUGAGGUGUGGUUAAAAGCUUGUAAGUGGAGAUGAUUUUGUCAUACACCAGCUUCAACUCCCUUCCUCCAUUUCUGCAUUACCCAAAUUAAUUACAUGAUUUAAAAUGUUGAAUUUGUAUGAGCUCAUUUUUACACAUUGAUCAACAAGCAAAAUUAAAAUAAAACAAGCAAUUUGAAGGUGUCCCCUUCGACUCUGA